UUAUAUUUAUUAGUAGAGCAUUAAAUCGUUUAAAGAACUACUCUUUGGAUUUACAAUAUUAUUUAUACGAAUAAUUAGAUUUAAAUCUCUUUUUGAAUAUUCAGGCCAAUCAAAAUGUUAUGAAAAGUAAUCAGUUUCAUUAUUUACAAGAAGACAAAUGUCACUGCCUAAAAUAGAAUGUAUCCUGAAAGUUUCAUUAUGUUGCAUGACGUGUAGAUAAGUGGAAUUAAGACUUGUCUUUUAUAGCUCACAUGGCCUUUCUCAGAAAAAAGUUGGAAACAUCUGCCUUAGACUGUAGACUCCUAGAUCAAGGAUGGUGAAUCUUUUUGAGUCCACUUGCCAUGUAGUAGGCAUAUUUCAAAUAAUUUAAAAUAGGUUGAUGAAGAUGAUGAUGAGGAAUGAAGAUAGACAGAUUCACUACAAAUAUUUAUUUUAUUGCAUUUUUGGAUGAAAGUUUAAGAGAAUUGUUUUGUGUCAGCAGUGAAACAUAGUGAAGAAAAAGAAAGGAAAAAAAAAACAUGAUUGUAUAAAUAGACUGAACUUUUUCAAGUGAAUUCUGCAAUUUUCAGUUUUUCACAUUCUAAAUUUGUUAGUGCCAAACGAUUAUUUAGUUCAAGAUGAUGGAACUUUCUCAUAGUUUGACUUUGAAUGAGGAAGCUUUAGCACAGAUAAAUGAAGCUAAAAGACCAUUGUUUGUGCUUGAAUGGCUAAGGUUUUUAGAUAAAAUAUUAGCAGCAUCACAGAAAUCUGAUAUUAAAGGAUGUCAAAAAACACUUGUUGAACAACUCAUAAAACAAGUUUAUCAAUCACCUGGUCCACCAGCAAGAAAAUUAAUUGGGCGAUGUCUAGCAACACUCUUUAGUAUUGGAGAUACUUCUUUAUUGUUUGAUACUGUAAAUAAAUUCACAGAUAUUUUGAAAAAUCGAGAUGAUUCACCAAGCUUUCUACAAAUAAAACUUACUGCCGUUACAUGUAUAGGAGCAAUGUAUGAACAAUUAGGACGUAUGAUGGGAAGAUCAUAUGAUGAAACUAUAAGCAUACUUUUGAAAUCUUUAAAAAAUGCAGAAUCACAAGCUCGUUGUGAAAUUAUGUUAACUACUGAAAAAAUUGUUGGAGGCAUGGGAGCAGCAGCUAGCCAUCUUCAUAAAGACAUUUUCAAAGCAGUACGACAUUGCCUAACAGAUAGAGUUAUGGCUGUUAGAUGUGCUGGAGCAAAAUGUUUACAAGAAAUGCUAAAACAUUCGCCCUUUUUAUAUACCACUGAUCUUGAAACAGUGGCUUCUUUGUGCUUCCGUUCAUUUGAAAGUUCAAAUUAUGAAGUACGUUGUGCUGUUGCAAAAUUAUUGGGUUCAUUGAUUGCUAUAACACAGCAAGCAUCCCAAGCUGCAGUUGGAAAAAACAGAUUGGCUUCAUUAGAUGAGGUUCUAGCAUUAAUGUCUGCUGGAUUUCUUCGUGGUGGUAUUGGAUUUCUUAAGAGUGGAGCAGGAGAAAUGAUUAAAGGAAAUUCUACUGUUAGUCGAGAUAUACGUGUUGGUGUCACUCAUGCCUAUGUUGUUUUAUUGCAACAACUUGGCAGCAAUUGGCUUGAGAAUAAUCUUAAUGUUGUCUUAACACAUUUAUUAGAACUUGUUUCUAGCCCAAGAGCUGCAACUACUCAUGUUGAUGCAGUAUAUAGUCGCAAAUGUGUUACUUUUAUUUUACAUUCAGUCCUGGGAAAAUUGCUUGGGGAGAAAGCUCAGAUUGCAGCUUGCAAAGAGUUGAUACAAAUAAUUAUAAAACAUAGUAAAGAAGAUAGUAUUGCAGAUCUAACUGGGAAUAAAGAUAAUCAAGGAGAAACUGCUUUAAGUCAGCAUGUUAUUGUAUGUGCAUUACAAGAACUUGGUUCACUUCUUCAGACACUUAAUACAAUGGCUAGUCAAGUAAUAGCUGAUCCAUCUGCAGGUAUUGAAGAAACUGUUGUUUCUGUUUUAGUUCAUUCUAGCCUAGCUGUACGUUUAGCAGCUGCUUGGUGUUUACGCUGUCUUAGUAUUGCUGUUCCAUCUAAAUUAAUGCCUUUAUUGGAUCGAUGUAUGGACAGAUCUGACACUUUAAAAACUUCACCAGAAGCAAUUUCUGGAUACACAGCAGCUAUAGCAAGUUUGCUUGGUGCAGCUCGACAUACUCCCCUUGGAAUUCCACAUAAUAGAGGCAAGAUGGUAUUUAAUGUUGCUGAAGAUCUUUUGAGAAGUGCUUCACAAAAUAGUCGUCUUUCAUUACAAAGAACACAAGCAGGCUGGCUGCUUAUUGGUGCUGUUCUAACUCUUGGUCCUUCAGUAGUAAGAGGAUUGUUGCCAAGACUUUUAUUAAUUUGGAAGAAUUCAUUCCCUCGAUCUGCAAAAGAAUUAGAAUCUGAAAAAGUAAGAGGUGAUGCUUUUACUUGGCAACUUACGCUAGAAGGACGAGCAGGAGCACUUUCAGCUAUGGCUAGUUUUUUAUUGCAUUGUAAAGAAUUGGUAACAGAUGAAGUUAUUCGAAGAUUACUUACACCAGUUGAAUCAGCUCUUAUAAUGUUAACUAGUCUGGGCCAUAUUUUUAAAUCUUAUGGACAACAUUUAAAAGCAAGUGCUGCAAUGGUUCGAAUGCGUUUAUAUGAAGUAUUAACACUACUGCCACCUAAAUCAUACGAGAGUAGUUAUAAUAAUUUGUUAAGAUUGUUGGUAGCAGAAUUUACUUUAACGGAAAAUCCUGCAAAUACUACUACGUCAUUAUUGCGUGGUCUGUGUCAUUCUAAUGACAGUAUUAUUUUAGGAUUUUGGUUACAGGAAACUGAUCAUAAAGUCAUUGAAGAUCAGUUGCAGCCCAAUAGUGCAUCAGGAUCAGGAGCACUAGAACAUGAUUCAACUGCAUUAUACAAAUCUCUAAAAUUGGGAAAAAUUGUUCCUGGGCCAUUGCCAUUAGGUGUAGCUGUAAUAGAUAUGUCAGUUAUAUUAUAUGGUGUUAUAUUUCCUCAUGUUGCAUUCAAGCAUAGAUUACAAAUGCUGGAACAUUUUUCAGAAUGUGUACGACAUACUAAAGCCACACGUCAGGAAGCUGUUCAAAUUAAUAUUUUUACAGCUGUUCUCAAUGCACUUAGAGCAUUAGUUGAAGCAAAAGCCAGACUUGGUCCAGAUGAAGUAAAAAGAGCUGCAGUAAAUUUAAUUCUGAGUUGUUUAAAUCAUGUAAAUGCUAUCUUAAGAUGUGCAGCCGGAGAAGCUCUUGGUAGAGUUGUUCAGAGUGUAGGAGAUAGUCGAUUUGUUGCAGAAAUGGCUCAACACAGUUUUGAUAAAUUAAAAUCAGCAAGAGAUGCUGCGUCUCGUACUGGACAUUCACUUGCCUUGGGUUGUAUGCAUCGUUAUGUUGGUAAUAUGGGAUCAGGCCAACAUUUAAAUACAAGUGUUAGUAUUUUGUUAGCUCUUGCUCAGGAUACAAAUGCACCAAUUGUACAAGUUUGGGCUCUUCAUGCACUUGCUAUGAUUGCAGAUUCUGGUGGACCUAUGUUUCGUGCAUAUGUUGAACCGACAUUAUCAUUGUUUUUAAAAUUAUUAUUAAAUAUGACACCUACCCAUAUUGAUGUUCAUCAAUGUAUUGGAAAAUGUUUAUCUGCAUUAAUAACAACAGUUGGUCCAGAACUUCAAGGAAAUACUACUUCUAUCUGUACAACUCGUUCUUCAUUUUUAAUUGCAUGUGCUAUCAUGCAAGAUCAUGGUGAUCCAUUAGUUCAAGCAGAAGCAAUAUCUUGUUUGCAGCAGCUUCACAUGUUUGCACCUCGUCAUGUUAAUCUUUCAACUUUAGUACCAAAAUUAUGUGCUGCUUUAAAUAGUUCACAUCUAUUAUUAAGACGUGCAGCUGUAGCUUGUUUACGUCAGUUGGCUCAACGGGAAGCACGUGAAAUUUGUGAUCAUACUCUUCUAUGGGCAAAAGAAGUAGGCCCAAAAGAUAACAGUCUUCCUUUUGCAGAAAGUGGUCUAGAUGGAAUUUUAUUUGCCAUGUUAGAUACUGAAACAGAUUUCCAACUAGUUAAAGAUAUUCAUGAUACACUAACUAGUAUAUUGCAGGCAAUGGCUGAAGAUAGUUUAGGUCAUUGGUUAAGUUUAUGUAAAGAUGUUUUAACUGCUGCAGAAUCCAGUUCUGUUUCAACUUCACCUGAUCAUAAAGAAUUAGAAGUAGAUGUGCCAGAAAGUGAAUUAGAUAUCGAUGAUGAAGAAAGUUUUAAGACGGCUGAAGAAAAUAAUCGACCAGGAGUAACUCCAAGAUGGCCUACAAGAGUUUUUGCAGCAGAAUCUUUACAAAGAAUUAUUAUUGGAUGUGAAGGUAACAAUGCACACUUUGAUCUUGCAGCUGCAAGAGAAAGAAAAGCACAAAAGCCUAGCGAAGAUUUUCUUGUCCUCCAUUUAUCAGAUCUUGUUAGGAUGGCAUUUAUGGCUGCAACAUCUGAAAGUGAUCCAUUAAGAUUAGAAGGAUUGAAAGUAUUAGAAUUAAUCAUUGACAAAUUUUCUAAAGUUCCUGAACCAGAAUUUCCUGGACAUGUUAUUUUGGAGCAAUAUCAAGCACAAGUAGGUGCAGCUCUUCGUCCUGCAUUUUCUUCAGAAACUCCUUCACAUAUCACAGCUGUUGCAUGCCAGGUUUGCAGUGCUUGGAUUGGAAGUGGUGUUGCACGAGAUUUAAAUGACUUGAGAAGAGUUCAUCAGCUAAUGGUUUCUUCAUUGACAAAAUUAAAUAAGGGAAAUGGUUCACAAAUUUAUAAUGAAAGUGCCUCCACAUUGGAAAAGUUAGCAAUAUUAAAAGCUUGGGCAGAAGUAUAUGUAGUAGCAAUGAAUCAAGAAAAGCAAAAACACCUAAAUCAGAAUGCAGAUGUAGAUGCUCAUAAUCAAGAAAGUUUACUUCGUCUUGUAUCUCCUGAACUUCUUUCUCUUAGCAAAUAUUGGUUAGCAGCACUUAAAGAUCAUGGUUUGCUUUCUCUUCCUCCAGAAUUUUGUAGUCAGUUGCCUCAUGAUGGAGGUGCAUUUUAUACCUCAGAUACAAUGGAAUCUGUUCGUCGUUAUUACAAAGAAGCAUGGCCACCAAUUUUACAUGCAGCAGUUCUCUGGCUUUGUCAUGGUGGAUUUAUUGAUGAAACAAAAUCAACUAAUGAAAAUUCUCUACAAGAUAAAAAUGAAGAAGAAAAAUUUUCUGAUAGUAUAACAUCUGAUAAUUUUCAUCUUCUCUUAGGUAUUUGCAUGGAAGCUUUAUGUAGUCCACAUUCCACUGCACCUCUUGAAUGUAUAUUAAUUUGUUUACAGUCACUUCAAUUGCUUUUAAAUAACAGCACACCACGCACAAUAAUUGGAGAGGACAAACAGUUAUCAAUUGAAUUAUGCAAUGUAUUACAUAGAUUAUUAUUAACUAGAGAAAGUCCUGAGUGUCAAUUACUUGUAAUGGAUCUAGCACGAUUGAUUGUUGUUGCUCAUCACGAAAGUUAUGAAGCUGAGAAAAAAAAGUAUCUCCGUGAACUUGCACCUGCAAAUCAAGAACCUAAAGAUGUAGAUAAAGAAUUGGCUUCACUUGGAGAAGGUGGAGAAAAUGGUAUCAUUAUACCAGAGAAAUCAGUAGUUUUUGCUUUGUUAGAAGAUUGUUUGUGUCUUCUUGUUCGUCAUCUUCCACAACUUAGCCCUUCAUUAGCUACCACUACUACUAAUGUCACACACUGUCCUUUUGUUGAAGAAGCUCAACAGCUUAUAUCUGCUUCACUUGAUGUUCUUGUACAGUUACCGGGCUUAUGUUCUCCACUAGGAAGUAUAUCAGUUCUUUCUGUGGUUUUAUAUUUGAUUACUGGUGUUUUAAAAGAAACUGCUGUUUCAAGUGUUCAACAAACUUCAUCAACUAAUAUCAUUAUUACCUCUACUAUCCAGUGUCUAAAAACACUUGCUUCCUCACCUUUCACAAAAAAUUCAAUUUGCAAGGAUGAAUGGAUUUCUCUUCUUCAGAGCACACUAUCCUGUAUUCUCGAUUUUGGAAAAACAAGUGUGCCAAAUAAACAACCAGAUCAAGUUUCUAUAUUGUUAGCUGUGGCAGUAUUUAUUCUUAGUGCACCAUCAGAAGUGAUUUCUGUCCCAAAUCUACAGUACCCUUGUAUAAAUCUUUUCAAACAAGCUUUACAACAAAAUGGGGAAAAUAUUCAAUUAAAAUGCUUACAGACAUUGAAGUCCAUUUUUCAGCACCCUAAUGGUAAACCGUAUAUCCAUGCCUUAGCACCACGGAUUGUUGAACUAUUAGGCCAGAAUGCAUCUCAAAUUGUUACAAGACAACCUCUUACAGAUAUAAAAGUAUCAAUAAUCUUGGAAUCUCUACAAACUUUAGAAACAUUAGUAUCAGUUGCCCCAACAGAUAAAAAAAUCCACAUGUUAGAACUUUAUGUACCAAUAUUAAUAACUGUUUUGAUGGAACCAGAUAAUCAAAAUCAACAAUAUCCAUCUCAUCGGAUGUUACACGAUUAUUCUUUACAGCAACUUUUAAAAGUGGGACCUCAAUAUCCGCAAGAGUUCCGUCUUAUUAUCAGCAAAAAUGCUCAUCUUAAAACAAGAUUAGAAGCCAGCAUAAGAGCAAGUCGACUGGGAACCACUACAGUAGAAGAAAAUGUUCAAACUCCACCUCGUAUUACUUCAACUUCACCUUCAAUAAAACUGAAAACUGAUUUUAGUAAUUUCACUGGUUGAUUAUAUAUGAGUAUUUAUAAAAAAAAAAAUGCAAAAUUGAUAGCCUGGAAAAUUUUUAACAUUUAUAAUUUGUUUCACACAAAAUAUUGGUGAUAUCAAAAUGUGUUGAACAAAUUAUAUAUAAAUAUUCUACAAAUUAUUUUAAAAUUGAUAUUUUAAAGUAUCUCUAUAAAAUGGUAAUUGUUUUCAUUCCUCAUGAAUUUCUAUGAAAUGUGAAAUUAGAACACUGUUUUUCUGUCAGAAACUGUAUUUGAGAAGUAAUGCUGUAUAAAAAUAUUUAAUUAUUUAAUCAGAAAAGCAAUAAUUAUAGUAUAUAAAUCAAGAACCAAAUUUGAGCUUUAUAUUCUAGUAAAAAAAAACUUGUAUUUUACAAUAAUUAACAUAUUAUUAUGGCAUUUAAUAGUUUAGUUGAAUUAUGAAAUUUUUACUAAUUCCAGCAAAUUGUUUUUAUUCAAUUAAUGAGUUAUAUACAAUACAUAUAUAUAUAUAUAUCAAAAUUUUGUAUUUUAUGAUUAUUAUUUUAUAGUGUGUAGAUUAUUCAUUCUGAACUAUAUAUAUACACAUAGAUAUAUUUAAAAAUGUAUGAACUUGCUUAAUUUAUAAAUUAAUUUUGAAAGUAUAUUUUAUAAAUUUCAAAAAUAACAAGCAAAAAAUUAAUGCACUGAAUAGCAUAUUCAUUAUUUCUGUUAGAGAAUGUAUAGGAAUUGAUGAAAGUAAAUAAUGAACAUGACAUGGACCAAUUAAGAAUUUGAAUGUAUAUAGAUAAUGUAAACUAAAAAUGGAACUUUGUAUUUUUCUGCUUAGUUUUCAUAAGAUUUUUAUCAUAAAGAAUAUGAAUGCCAUAUUGCCAGAUGUUUGAUUUGUUGUCGUUUCAAUUUUUCUUGAUUAUUGUAAUCAAAUGUAAA